AUGGCCAUGGCCAUGGCCUUGUCAUCAACACCUCGCAUUCUCUCUCCUUAUUGCCCAACUCACCACUCAAUUCUCUCUCACACUUCUCUCUCUUCCUUACCCAGGACUGCCACCACCCUCUCCGCCUUCUCAACUUCUCCAGCGCUUCCGAAAUCUCCAUCGAAUAGCAGAAGCAUCAAGUGCGUCGAUAAGGCCUCUUCGGCUUCGAGCGCCGAUCCAACGUCUGGAAUUGCAGUCUACAAGCCAAAGUCCUAUGAAGUUCUUGUUACUGAUGCUGCAAGAUCGCUUGCUUAUGCUCUCGAAGACGGGAAGACCCGCUUGGAGAUUGAUUUCCCUCCCCUGCCUAGCGACAUAUCUCUUAUAAAGGGGUCUUCAGAUGAAUUCAUUGAUGCAAACGUACAACUUGUCUUGGCUGUUGUAAGGAAGCUCAAAGAAAUAAGGGAAACAAGAGCUUGCAUUGUGUUUCCUGAUAAGCCAGAAAAGCGCAGGGCCUCUGAGCAGUUCAAAACGGCUAUCGACUCACUCGAUGAUAUAACAAUAGGUUCCCUGGAUGAUGUCCCCAGUGGUCCAGUCACCAAGUUCUUCCAAUCUAUAAGGGACACACUUGAUUUUGACUUUGAAGAUGAAAAUGAAGGUCGCUGGGCAUCCAGUCAGCCUCCCUCUCUUUAUAUAUUCAUAAAUUGUAGCACUCGUGAGCUUGCUCCAAUUGAGAAGUAUGUGGAAACAUUUGCCAUGUCAACCCCAACACUUCUAUUUAAUCUUGAACUAGACACAUUGCGUGCUGACUUGGGCCUUUUUGGCUUUCCAACCAAAGAUUUGCACUAUCGCUUUCUUUCUCAAUUUACACCAGUGUUCUAUAUCCGAAUAAGAGAUUACUCAAAGACAGUAGCAGUAGCGCCUUAUAUAGUGAAUUACAGUGGAGCACUAUUUCGCCAAUACCCUGGGCCUUGGCAGGUAAUGCUAAAACAAGCCGAUGGUUCUUAUGCUUGCGUAGCAGAGAGUGCAACACGCUUUACUCUGGGCGAAACAAAAGAAGAACUUUUGAGGGUCCUGGGACUGCAAGAGGAACAAGGAAGCUCGCUGCAAUUUCUUCGUAGAGGCUACAGGAGUGCUACUUGGUGGGAAGAAGAUGUGGAGUUGGAAGAAUCUUCUGCUUGGCGUAAUUGAGCAGCUCAAGGAAAUGAAUGCCGAUGUAUCGAAGGAUCGUGGACACACAGUUGAGCCGCAUCGUUCUCAGAUGUAAUCAAGGCACGGGCAUGAUGUAAUCCAUUGUAAUCUAUCAUUUUUGGUUGAAUUGAUUCACCCACAUACGUAAUUUAGUUCUGGUGUGUAAAAAAUGUAACUAGUAAAAUUAAUUUCUUUAUCCCAAAUAUUAUUUAUUAUUUUGAAUUGGAUUCGUCCUGCAAGUCCAACUACAAGGUUUAGGGAACAAAGGAGGUUUGUUUUUGUUUUAUAUUUUAAUCUAAAGAAGAACCACAAGGUUAUUGUCACCUUCA